GGAAUCCAUUAGCCGAAGAAGUGCUUAACAAACUGGCUAGCGAUAAAGGAAUACCUAGAAUAAGACUCAUUUGCAAUUCGCAAGUUAACGUCGAUGCUGGUUUAAAUGAAAGAUUAGUGUCUUUUCAAUCAGUUGCAUUACCAUUUAUAGCUCUGCUUAUUCGAAAUGGCAUUAGAGAGUCGACAUUUGAAAGACAAGUUAAUGCGAUAUAUUCGGCCGUCUAUGCAUACAUUGACAGUUUUAUUCAAGACCAAGUAUUAAACUGUGUAGACGAGUUAAUUCGUAGAAAAUCUCUGAGAGACACCAGUGUUGAAGAACAAGCAUUACUAAAAAAUAAUGCGUUCAUACCUGUCACUUGUGCUCAAAUACUCUUAGUACUCGUCCGAUUCAUAAACGAGAUACUCGGAAGAAUUCGAGAGGCAAAAGUCAACAUGACAAUACAAGUUAUUGGCGGUCGGUUAGAACAAGCGAAUAAUGCAUGGAAAGACCUUUUAACGAGUGGCCACAUAGUCGGAGAUAUUUUAUCGGAUGGAGUUGCUGACAAGCCUCCCUAUUGCUUUACUGUUAUCGAUAGAGAAUUGGAUAAAAUGAAGCGAAUUUUAAAUAUGGGAAAACAAAGUUUAGAAAAGGGAGAGGAAAAUGUGAAAUCAAGUUCCGAAAAUGUGAGCAUUGAUGCAAAAAUUAUAGCGACGCAAAUAGAAUUGCAACGUGAUUACGAUCCACCCGGUGAGCUGUCAAAGCUUGGUAAGCGUCACGACAACGAUGCGGUAAACUUUCAAGAUAUACACAUAGUCCCAACUUCCGCAGAAAUUUUUUGCAAACGAAGUCCCUUUCUUCCAUCUAGUCAUUCCUAUGCUCCUCAUUUUCUCAGUGCGGGUCCGAAAAGGUUUCUCGAUAUUCAAUUUC